GACGCUUCGUGCGCGAGCCCGUUUCGAGUCCCCCAGAAGUCCCGGUGCCAUCCCAGAAGUCUCCCCACCCCCUAUAAAAACCUGUUUCAGCCACCCCCCCCCCCCACGGCCUGUCUUAAAAUCGGUUUCAACUACCCACAAAAAAGGAGCGGUUUCGUACUCCUCAAAAAAGUCAGUUUCACACGCUCUUCAAAAAAGAAAAACUUGGCGGGGGUGGGGUGGCAGCGCGCGGGGCAUCCAUUUCACACCUCGGCUCUGGUUGGCAAACAAAGGGGGGUUUCUCCGCUUCUGAAGUUGGGUCUUCCUCGACCUCGGAAUCCCCCCGCUGCGGUUUCUCCUUGGUGGCCCCCGCCCCCACCCGGGGAACCCUGGGACUAGCUGGAGGGGCUUCGCCGUCCAUCUGGGGGACGGAGACCUGCCUCUCCUGCUUCCUUUUCUUGGGGCGGGAUGGGACCCGGCAGGUGGAUCCCGCACCCCCAUUUCAGAAUGAAGCCCCUUGGGACGAUGCGUGCGUGGAGGGGAAACCCUGAUCUUUGGACCCUUCCCCCCAGGGGUAGGAGACAAUGGGUGUUUUCAAAGUUGUUUUAAAAUAAUCGCCGGAUACUUGGGAGUAGAACAACCUCGGGUUGCUUAUUGGGGGAGGGGAGAAGUUAAAAGUGGAGGAGGCUUUGUGGGUAUAUCCCUGGGCGAGGUGCCGCCCCCCCCACCCCCCACCCCCGUCAGUCGUGAAGUGGGGGAGGGGUUUCGCCCUCUUGUGAAUUUCCUUCGUUUUUAAUUUGGGGGUAACUAGGCCUUCAACAGACUGUGACAACUGUUGGGGGGUGGCUUCACCAGUUUUUCCUAGGGGUGGGGCCUGGGUCGCCCCUCCCCCUCUCCGCGGGUGGGUGGGGGCAGUGAGGAAACCUGGGUGGUUAGAAAUGGGAGGUCUGACUGGGAGACAGUGGGGGCUGCUGGCUCGAGGUGGAGGGACUGUUCCCACCCUUAAUCCAGUUUAUAAUUUGCAACUUGAAUCCUAGAUCAUCGCAGAGGAUGUUUAGGGCAUCUGUAUUUGUGCAGCUCAACUCCACCCCCACCCCCAGUGUUCAAACUCCCCAAGGACUCUGGGGAGGGGUCUCCAGCCUCAAAACCCAGAAUCCUGGCUGCCCCUCCCCCAUACCCACAACUGCUGGAGGGGGGACUCAGGGCUGAUGAUGGGGCAUUUUAAACAGCUCCUCCUCUCCCUGUCUGUCACUCAAACCUCUUUUCUUUCUCCCUGUCUGUGUGUUUCUGUUCUCCCUGCCUCCACUGGGCCACCACAGGUCUGUCUCUAGCCUGAGGUACCCCCUGCUCACUCUGGUGCCCACUGGUGCUGUGGGAGAAUGAACCAGCCACAGAGGAUGGCGCCCGUGGGCACAGACAAGGAGCUCAGCGACCUCCUGGACUUCAGUAUGAUGUUCCCGCUGCCGGUGGCCAAUGGGAAGGGCCGACCCGCCUCCUUGGCCAGUGCCCAGUUUGGAAGCUCAGGUCUGGAGGACCGGACCGGCUCGGGCUCCUGGGGCACUGGCGACCAAAACAGCUCCUCCUUUGAUGCUAGCCGGACCUACAGCGAAGGCGCCCACUUUGGUGAGUCCCACCCCAGCCUUUCUUCGUCCACAUUCCUGGGCCCCGUACUUGGAGGCAAGAGCAGUGAGCGGAGCACCUACACCACCUUUGCAAGAGACUCAGGUGUUGGUGGUUUGACUCAGGCUGGCUUCCUACCCAGCGAACUGACCCUCGGCAGCCCCGGGCCACUGUCCCCCUCAGGUGUCAAGGGUGGUUCCCAGUAUUAUUCCUCCUACCCUGGGCACCCUCGGCGGAGAGCUGCAGAUGGCAACCUGGAUGUGCAGCCCAAGAAGGUCCGGAAGGUUCCUCCAGGCCUCCCGUCCUCGGUGUAUCCACCCAGCUCAGGUGAUGACUAUGGCAGGGACACGGCCACCUACCCAUCCACCAAGACCCCCAGCAGUGCCUACCCUGCCCCCUUCUACAUGCCAGACAGCAGCCUGCACCCCUCAGCUGAAAUCUGGAGUUCUUCAGGCCAAGCUGGCUUCGGACCUAUGCUGGGUGGGGGCUCCUCCCCCCUGUCCCUCCCGACUGGCGGCAGCAACUCUGUGGGAAGCAACAGUGGCAGCGGGUUUGGCAGCCUGCACGAGCGCAUGAGCUACCAGCUGCAUGGAGCGGAGGCGAACGGCGGGCUCCCAGCUGUGUCCACCUUCUCCUCAGGUCCCGCAGGCGCGUACGGCAACGUCUCCGGCCACACAACCCCUGUCAGCGGGGCCGAGAGCCUCAUGGGCUCCCGUGGGACCACAGCUGGCAGCUCUGGGGAUGCCCUUGGGAAGGCACUGGCCUCGAUCUACUCUCCGGAUCACUCCAGCAAUAACUUCUCCUCCAGCCCCUCAACCCCGGUGGGCUCCCCACAGGGCCUGGCAGGGACCUCUCAGUGGCCCCGAGCAGGAGCCCCUGGUGCCUUAUCGCCCAACUACGAUGGGGGUCUACACAACCUGAACAAGAUGGAGGACCACCUGGAUGAAGCGAUCCACGUGUUGCGCAGCCAUGCUGUGGGUACAGCAGGCGAUGUGCAUGGGCUGCUGCCUGGCCAUGGGGCACUGGCCUCAGGCUUUACCGGCCCUGUCAUGUCAUUGAGCGGGCGGCACGCCGGCCUGGUGGGAGGCAGCCACUCAGAGGAUGGCCUUGCAGGCAGCAGCAACCUCAUGCACAACCACGUGGCCCUUCCUAGCCAGCCCAGCGCUCUCCCUGACCUCCCUCGGCCACCUGACUCCUACAGCGGACUCGGGUGCACGAGCACCUCAGGUGCUGGCGAGAUCAAGCGGGAGGAGAAGGAGGAUGAGGAGAACAUGUCGGUGGCUGACAACUCUGAGGAGGAGAAGAAGGAGCUGAAACACCCCCGGACCCGGACCAGCCCGGACGAGGACGAGGACGACCUUCUCCCCCCAGAGCACAAGGCUGAGCGGGAGAAGGAACGCCGGGUGGCCAAUAACGCCCGGGAGCGGCUGCGGGUCCGAGACAUCAAUGAGGCUUUUAAGGAGCUGGGGCGCAUGUGCCAGCUGCACCUCAACAGUGAGAAGCCCCAGACCAAACUGCUCAUCCUGCACCAGGCCGUGUCGGUCAUCCUGAACCUGGAGCAGCAGGUGCGAGAGCGUAACCUGAACCCCAAAGCGGCCUGCUUGAAGCGACGAGAAGAGGAGAAGGUGUCUGGUGUGGUCGGAGAUCCCCAGAUGGUGCUUUCGGCUGCCCACCCUGGCCUGAAUGAGGCCCACAACCCCUCUGGGCACAUGUGAAGUGCCCCAUGGGACAAGCCGCCUGGCCCUGGACCCGCUCCCGGGGCAGGUCUCCAUCCUCCCUGAGGCAGGACGGGCCUGCCUCACCCAUGCCUGUGCUCAGCGUGGCACCAACACUGACCUGAGGACACUACGCGUGAUGGGGUGAUGAAGGGAACCCCAGCCCUCGCACUCCACCCCGGGUCUCAGCCUCCUUGGCGCUCUGGGCCCUGCCCAGUGGACCCUGAAGCUGCACCUCAGCCCUGCAGCCCAGGCUUGGACUGGAAGGACUUUUUUUUUUAACCAGAAAGCAAAUAAGAAAGACCCACUUUGUCAGAGAAGAAAUGCCUUAAAUAAUAAAGCGUGCAAGAGAUAAACACGUCACUCGCAGAGGGAGAUGCUGUGCAAACUGGCUUGUUCUUCAGAAGCCACCAGCAAUUGUGCCUAAGCCGAAUAUUUUUUUUAAGGAAAAUUUAAAAAAAGUUACUCAUGAGAUUUUUUUUUUUUAUUAUUAUGUAGAGAAAAACUAGGAGACUACGUUUGGGCUUUUUUUUUUUCUUUUUUUUUUUUUUUUUUUUUUUAGCUUUUUUUGCAUAUGUUUUGUAAGCAACAGAAUUUUUUGUAUAAAACUCAUGUCUUGCUAUUACUGCUGUUUCUAGAAUUAAGUGCUGGAUUUCAUGAUCAACCAGAUUAUUAAAAAUUGUGUUAAAAAGAGCCAAUGUAAACCGAGGUUCCACCCGCACCCCAUGCGUGGAAGCUUUGGGACACAGAACCUGGGGUAGAGUGGGGAGGGGAGGAGAAGUGUGUGUCUCCUGUUCGGCUUUUCAGGGGGUGGUUUUCUUGGUUUUGCUGAGUAUCAAGUGGUGGGUGGGCCCUUCUUUAUUGGGGGUCCUCUGUCCCCAUUAGGGGGACACCCCGGACCCCUCCUGGUGAAAUUACCAAGGACCCCGAAAGCAGCUUAGGUCCCCCAGGCAUCCCCUGAUAGCUUCUGAGGACCAAGCAGCCUGUCCUCUCAAGCCACAGACCUCUGAAACAGGGUUUUGUUGGGACCAGUAUUCCUUGGCAGGAACCAUGUAACUGGACCACGGUGCUGGGAAUCCCCGCAGACCUUUCCUGUGACGGGAUGGGAUGAGGUCACAGAGAGACUCUUGCCACCCAUGUAGUGUGGUGCAAGGCUGGAGCCAGGGCUGGUGCAAGGGAGCCGCCAUGUGUGCCAUGACUCAUCCAGCCUGCCUGAGUCCCUUUCUCUGGUCUUGUGUGACACCAGGAGCUUUAAAACCAAACCCAGUCUUCCUGGAAUCCUGUGGUCCCAGGGAGAUCACACAGUUGUCACCCUGUGUCACCCACAUGGGGUGACAGCUAUGGGGUCUCAGCUUCUUUCCCUUUACCACCUGCAAAGGGGCCUUAUGCACCCCAAUGCUGGUCAGCAUCUCAGGCAUCCCCCCCAUACCCUUAUGCUGCCCUGGACUCACCCUGGGACUGGAAUCCCUGAGGCUGCAUAAGUGGAUGCCAACCAGGAGCUUAAGGAAACCCCAAGGCCAAUGCCAGGCACGAUGGCCUCCUCACCCCUACUUCGAUGAGCCAGUCCUUUGUGGGGACGACUUAGUGACUCCACUUGGUCUGUGUGUGUCUAAUGAGAAGCCCAUCUCCAUUUUCCUCUACUUAGCUUCUGGGCUUGCUGAUAGGUACAGAGGGGAGGGGUUGGGACCUCAGAGAUUAUUCCAACAUGGGGGCAGGUAGCACUGGGAGAGGGAGACCAUGGUUGUGUCCUGGGUACCGUGAGAAACUUUUCAAAAGUUUUUUUUAAAGAGUUUAUACAAGUGUCAACAUAGCUGGCUGGAUUAUUUGAAUUUUUUAAUGAUCCUCUUUGAAGGUCAAUUUGAAAAUCUCUCCUGUAUGUAACAGCACUGUAGCAAUAAAUGUGACAUCAUGAAAUGUUCCGAUCUUUCAGCUGC